AUGUCAGAACUCCCUUUACAAGACUUCUCAAGGAACAUGCAAACAAGUCCACCAUAUCUACCACCUGAAAUCGAACCUCCAUGUCAAAAUCUAAUCACCACUGCUUCAACUGAACAACAAAAAGAGUUAUAUCAACUUCAGAAGAGCAUUAAGAUGAUACAAGUAAACAUCCAUAAUUUAAAACUUAUAAUUAGAGAUAGAGAGAGGACAGAUUCACAUAUGGGAACUUCCUAUACAUGUGAAAAGUGUAGAGAUUCUAAUAUUUGGAGUUGUAUUUCAUGUCCAUCAUUUAUUCUUUUGCUUUUUUCCAUGUUAUUUGGAGCUAUAUUUGGACCAAUUAUCGUAUACUAG